GAUAGAAUGUGAAGAGAACGCGUUUUCGACAACAACAGAACCUACACUCAGCUGUCGCCCUUUCACCCUUUCACCCUUUCCAUUUCUCUUCCUUGCGACCUGGAAACGUCUAGGGAACCUGUACCUCGCAUUCGAUCUCUUCCCAAGUUCAUCUGCAAGUCGGCGGACGGGAGGACACGAUGCCGGUUCCAGUAUUCCGGUGCCUGGCAGUCGCACUGCUGCUACAUGUCGUCACCUUGCAGCCCUCCCAGUCGUCUGGAGGUGUCUAUGUGCAUGCAAACCCACUGCCUAUCAUCAACCUCACCGAGGGCCAGCAGCAGAUUCUCGGGCCAUCAUUUCCGGAACCUCAACCCCCAUCGAGACACGGGAAUAUCGCGACGCAGGAGGAACAAACCCAGACGCAGGUGCAAGAACGCAAGCUGCAUGGCAAAUUCCUGCACAUCACAGACUUCCAUCCCGAUGCUUUCUACAAAGCCCACUCGUCCACGGCUCAGGGCGCCGCCUGUCACCGCCGAAACGGCUUCGCGGGCUACUACGGCGCCGAAACAUCCGACUGCGACUCGCCCUGGACUCUCGUAAACGCUACAUUAGACUGGAUCAAAGCCAACCUCGCCGACGACGUCGAUUUCGUCAUUUGGACAGGCGACUCCGCCCGUCAUGACAGCGACGAGAAGAUUCCCCGCAACCGGGACCAAGUCCUCGGCUCUAAUCGCCGCAUUUCCGACCUCUUCUUCGACACUUUCCAGCACCCCAAGUCCAAGAACCGUAUGGUCAUUCCCGUCGUUCCGAAUCUCGGCAACAACGACAUGCUCCCUCACAACAUCUUUCACCCCGGACCUAAUAACUGGUUGGACUGGUACUCAGACGUUUGGCGCCACUUCAUCCCCUAUGACCAGCGUCACACCUUCCAGUUUGGCGGCUGGUUCAACGUCGAGGUCAUACCCAACUCGCUCUCCGUUUUCAGCCUGAACACCCUGUACAUGUUCGACCGCAACGCCGCCGUCGAUGGAUGUGCCCUAGCCUCCGAGCCCGGCUAUCGGCAGAUGGAGUGGUUGCGCGCUCAACUCCAGCUGCUGCGCGGCCGCGGCAUGAAAGCCAUCCUUAUAGGUCACGUACCGCCCGCCCGAACGAACAGCAAGCAAAACUGGGACGAGACCUGCUGGCACAAGUACAACUUGUGGCUCCGCCAGUACCGCGACGUCGUCGUCGGUUCGUUCUUUGGUCACAUGAACAUCGACCACUUCCUCGUCCACGACACUGAGGCCAUUGAUAUGAACUUGGUCAAGGGCGUCGACCCCGCCACCACGGCCCCCGACAGCCUGCGAGGCAGGCAGAUAGUCAAGAAGUCGAACUAUUUACAGGAGCUCCGGGACAAUUGGUCUCGCAUUCCCGAGCCGAAAUUCGACGCGGUGGGUGAGGAUGAUGACGACUGGGACGACUGGGACGAUGAGGACCAUACAGACCACGAGGAUGACGACAAUUCGGCGAAUGCGCGGCGGGGAAAGAAGAACAAAAAGAAGAACAAAAAGAAGAACAAAAAGAAGAACAAAAAGAAGAAGAAGAAGAAAGGACUGGGAGGCAAGUUCGCAGAGAGAUUCCACCUGUCUUUCAUCAGUCCGAGCGUCAUCCCCAACUACUUCCCAACCCUGCGAGUCUACGAGUAUAAUAUCACGGGACUCGAGGACGCACCAGUCUGGGCCGAUACCUUCAACGCGGCCCAGGACUCCCAAGAAUUUCAAGAUUCUCCGGAGGACCAGGAUGCGCGAGACGAGUUCUCUUGGCGGGAGGAACUGAGGCGCGAUGCCGAUACGACGGGGACGAAGGGCCAGAAACGGGGAAAGAAACAGAAAGAGAAGCCUCGGGACCCGAAGUUGAUCAUUCCAGAUCCACCAUCCAAAUCGUCCCCUCCGGGCCCCGCCUACUCACCCCAACCCCUUACUUUGGUGGGCUACACUCAGUAUUUUGCCAACCUGACUUAUAUCAACAACGACGUCCCGCAAGAUUUGCACAAGGCCGACGAAGACGAAGCGUCUUCUGCCCGAUGGAGUGACGGCAUCCACGGGGGGGAGGAGCCGAGGUCGAAGAAGCCGGACCCAAAGCCGUUCGAGUUCGAGGUCGAGUACAGCACCUUGACCGAUAAAAUAUACAAGCUAUCCGACUUGACGGUGCGCAGCUACGUGAAGUUGGCGUAUCGGAUUGGUCGACAUGCAUCCGCGAAGCAGGAAUCCGUUGAGGAUUUUGAGGCGGACCAGGAUGGUGAUGAAGAUGAGGAAGAGGAAGAGGGAGAGGAAGACACUGACGAAGAGCCCAAUGUUCAAACCGGCGACGAAGAAGAGGCCGAAAGGGACGAGGUCCUGCCUGACUCCAAAAAGGGAGCAUUGGGGAAGAAGGGGAGAAAGAAGAAGAAGAAGAAUUUCAACAAAGUGUGGCUGCAUUUCCUGCGUCAUGCAUUUGUCAAUACCGUGCCCAAGAAGAAGCUCAAGAAGCUGUGACCUUGGGGGUUUUUUUUUAUCUUUCCUUUUAUAUA